GCCGUGGGUUCGGAUGCACGCGUUGUGUCCGUGAUCCGUUGGAUGACGGCAGCGUAGUGCACACUAGUCAAGAUGCACAUAAAAGAGGUUAUUCUUGAAGGGUUCCUGAGCUACAGGAAAAAAACGACUCUAGGCCCCCUUUCCCCAGGCAUCAAUAUCAUUGUUGGCGAGAAUGGUUCGGGAAAAAGCAGCCUACUCUGUGCUAUUGAAACCCUGAUCAGCAUGGAAGUUGAAUCACUCAGCCGGGCACAGCGCUUGGGCCUGCUCAGUUCUGCACCUGGAGCGAUGGCCAAGACUGCCACCGUCGAAGUGGUUCUCGACAACACCAGCCGUCGUCUACCUCAUGACAAGGAUCAGGUGACCGUGACAAGAACAGUUAGUGCAUCUUCCACGACAUUGAUGAUUGGGAAAUCUGCAGUUGGGAAGAAGGAGUUUGUCGAUUAUCUGCACGCAGCUGGAUUCUCGUCUGAGAACACAUUUCACGUCAUCAGGCAAGGACAGGUCCAAGACAUUCUGCGCAUGUCAGCCUUGGAGCGUCUGCGAAUGGUGCAGCGGUUUGCUGGCUGGGACGCACUCACUCAGAUGGAACAGUUCAGUGUGGAAUGCACAAAUCGAGGGAACUGCGAUCGAAAGCACAUCAUUGAGCUUGCCAAGGAGUGCCAGGUGAAGCUGCAGUUGGACGAGCGGUGCGUGGCAGAAGCCAAGGAGUACAGGGCACUGGAGCUUGACAUCAGGACUAUAAAUCAAGUCAUGCUGGAAAGGGAGAUCACUGUGCUGGCGGCAAAGUUGAAGAAAAUUGAAUCCACCAUUGGGGAAAUGGAGCCUGAACACAACCUUGCCAAGAAAAAUUUUGUGCACAUCUGUGAUGCCCUUGAGGCAAAGAAGCAUGAUCUCAGGUGCUGCAAGGAAGAUGCUCAGAGUCGACUGUACAGGCUGGAGGACCUCAAGGAAGAACUGGGAAGCGCUGACGCAGGCAUAGUCCGGGAGAACCUGCAAGGGAAGCAGCUCAGAGAGGAGAUUAGCGCCAUCGUGAGUUUGCAGCACGAGCUGGCACAGCGCCUGAGCACCAGCGAGCGCAAGGUGAAAGACACGACCUCGCAGCUUGCUGACACCAUGAACGCAUUGCACAACCUUAAGAGGAAAGAGCAGGACCUGGUAACCAGGAUGGCAAAAUUGGAUGAAGAGAAGAAGUCCAUCAUGCAGCAUGUACUCCACAGCCACUGCUUUCCCACAACCCAGGAACGUAAUGUCUGGAUUGAAAGCGAGCUUCGCAAGAUUGAGUCUGCUGUGCAAGAAAUUGAGCAACAGCGGGAUGGAAGCAUGAAGGCUGAACUUGUCAAGCUGCAGAAGCAGAGCUAUGCAGCCAUCGACAAACACAUGGGCACUCAACGACUGGAGGAGGACUGCCAGGCCAGUUUGAAUCAGGCACGGGACGCUAUUGCACGGCACCAGCCUCAUAUGGUUGCUGCUAUGGGCAGGGCCGAGUUUGCUGGUUGGCAAGGCUUAAAAAAAGUGCUGGAAAACCCUGAUGAUCCGGCCAUUGGAGAGUACAUGGGAAUGCUUAUUGAUCACUUACAAGUGCCAGAUGUCCUGACCACCGCUUUGGGAGCAGCACUUGGCAAAAAACUGUUCACUCACCUCGUGCGAAGCUGUUCGGCCACAACAACUCUCUUGCGCAAGUUCUAUGCCUUGAAGACUCGAGGGUACGUUGGCUUUCAGGCACUGGACAAGACCGCUGUGCAAGACCGGUUACCAGAAGUAAAGGGACCGGAGGUUAGGCGCCUGCUUGACAUGGUAGAGUGCACCAACUCCGAUCUGGCUCCUCUGCUGCCACACUGGCUGGGCAAAUGGCUGCUCUGUGAGAGCCUGAAGGACGCUCAAGACGCAAGCCGCCGGCACAAGGUCAACUGCGUCACUCUUGAAGGUGAUAUAGUAAGUGCGAAAGGUGCUAUGACAGGUGGCUACCGUGACGCCAGGAAAAAUGUGUUUGCUGUGUACCAGGAAUUUUGUCGGCUUUCUGACGUGCUCCAGUCGGCCGAAGCCGGAUUGAGCAACAUGCAAGCUGUGUCUCGGAACCUCGGCAGUGAAGCCUCUAAGCUGCACUGCAAGGUCCAACAACUGCAGCUGAAUAUCCUGCAGAACACGAGUGCCAUUUCAAGCACUGAAUCAAAGCUGACUUCUCUUCAGUCUCGCGUGUCUCAAAUUGAAGAGGGCAUCGAAGCAAAGGAAGAAGCGUUGCGGGAACGCCGGCGUCUGGCUGACAGCUAUGCCAAUCAGAAAAUGUCUCUGCUGAAAGAGCGAUCGUGUGGCCGCACAGAGCAGCUCACACCCAACGCUGAGCAGCAGCUGUUUGACAACACGCGGAAGAUCCAGAAACUUCGCAGAAAGCUCCAGGAAGUAACUGCCGACAAGAUGAAGCUCAUUCAAAAGAAAGAUCAUCACGAAUCCUUGCUGAGCAACUGCUUAGCUCCUGGCAUUCAAAGUCUACAAAAAGAAAGGGAAACCCUUGAAGACAAGAAGGCAGCUCUGGAAAGGGAGCUUGAGCUGUCAAAGACAAGACUGGCUGCCUUCAAUGAAACAACAAAGGCAUUACGAAGCCAAAUAGCUGAGCUUGAAAGCGAUUCCAAUGCCACAUCUCGGAUAUACGAACUGGAGCGAACUGUUCAAGAAAUGUCUGAAGAGAAAGCACGCAGUGAAGAAGACUUGCAAGCUGCAUCGAAAGAAAUGGCGAUUCUUCUACUAAAGCGGACAAAUGCAAAGGCUACGCUAAAAGAAAUCAAGAAGAAGGCCUCCAUGUUCGGCAUCGUCUCCAAGAAUUUGAACACAUACCGCAGCAUGGGGCAGUCCGAGCUCGAUCACGAACGGCAGCGUCUGCAGAGGAGGAUUGACAGGAUGAACCCACCUGACCUCCUGGCUGGCAGACUUCAUGACCAAGCCUCCAAGAUGCUGAAUGAGGUGCAAAAGGGUCUGGAGGAUGUGGACGCAACCCGUAAUACAGCUGAGGAACUGACAGGCAGCCAAAAGGAUCAACAGUUCUGGAACAUUGAGUUUACUCUGAAGCAAGUAUGCAAACAUUUCAUGGAUUUUUUCAAGAGGUUUGUGCCUAAAGGCCAGGCCAUGAUGGUGGUCAACACCGAGAAGACAAAUAAACAGGGGGAAGAGGAACCCGCAAGGCAACAGAGAUGCAAAGGCAUCGAGUUUCUGGCAUCUUUCAGCUCGCGCAGCAUUCUCCAGUCUGUGGAGUGCUUCUCUGGGGGCCAGCAGACCGUGGUGGCCCUGUGUUUCAUCCUGGCCCUCCAGAAGUGCGAUCCCGCACCUUUCUACCUUUUCGAUGAAGUGGACGCCUACUUGGAUACAGAGCAUCGGCAGUGCCUCGCUGAUAUCCUAGAGGAGCUAAGCUCCGAAAGCCAGUUUAUUUGCACGACCUUCAGGCCAGAGCUCGCUUUGAAAGGCAAAGUUUUCAAGGUCACCCAUCAUGAAGGGACAAGUAGCGUCAGAGAAACAACCCAAGAGGAGGUACUACGUAUCGUCCAGGCUGCACAAGAACUUUGAAGGUUGCCCCAAAGCAUGAACUAGAAAGUUGCUACUAGUCAUUGUUGCUACUCUCUCUUUAACUGUCUACAUUUUGACAAAAACUUCAUGUCUUGCUGUUUAUGUAUGUGGUCUUUAUUUAAGGCAAUGUACCUACAUAUUUACUUACUCUUCUGACUUACUCGUCUUCCAAUGUGAUAGUCCAUGUUGUCACAAUUAUGACAUAGCAAAUGCUCUGUAUGCUAGGAGCCUCUACUCUCUUUUUAACUGUGUUUGGACAAAAGCUUCAUGGCUUGCUGUUUAUGUAUGUGGUCUCCAUAUAAGAAAACCUACCUCCAUAUUUACUUAGCUCUUCUUCCUGCGUGAUUGUCCAUGUUGUUACAUUUAUGACAUAGCCAAUGCUCUGUAUGUUACAUACCUCAAUAUUUAUUUACUCGUCUUACUUUGUGAUCGUCUAUAUUGUUACAUUUAUGACAGAGCAAAUGCUCUGUAUGUGAAGAGCCUCUACUCUCUUUUUAACUGUGUUUUGACAAAAGAUUCAUGUCUGGCUGUUUGUUUGUGGUCUCUAUAUAAGGAAACGUACCUUUAUAUUUACUUAGCUCUUCUUCCUGCGUGAUUGUCCAUGUUGUUACAUUUAUGACAUAGCAAAUGCUCUGUAUGUUAUGUACCUCAAUAUUUAUUUACUCAUCUUCCUUUGUGAUCGUCUAUAUUGUUACAUUUAUGACAGAGCAAAUUCUCUGUAUGUGAAGAGCCUCUACUCUCUCUUUAACUGUGUUUUGACAAAAGAUUCAUGUCUGGCUGUUUAUGUUUGUGGUCUCCAUAUAAGGAAACGUACCUCUAUAUUUACUUAGCCCUUCUUCCUGCGUGAUCGUUUAUGUUGUUACAUUUAUGACAUAGCAAAUGCUCUGUAUGUUAUGUACCUCAAUAUUUAUUUACUCGUCUUCCUUUGUGAUCGUCUAUAUUGUUACAUUUAUGACAGAGCAAAUGCUCUGUAUGUGAAGAGCCUCUACUCUCUUUUUAACUGUGUUUUGACAAAAGAUUCAUGUCUGGCUGUUUGUUUGUGGUCUCUAUAUAAGGAAACGUACCUCUAUAUUUACUUAGCUCUUCUUCCUGUGUGAUUGUCCAUGUUGUUACAUUUAUGACAUAGCAAAUGCUCUGUAUGUUAUGUACCUCAAUAUUUAUUUACUCAUCUUCCUUUGUGAUCGUCUAUAUUGUUACAUUUAUGACAGAGCAAAUUCUCUGUAUGUGAAGAGCCUCUACUCUCUUUUUAACUGUGUUUUGACAAAAGAUUCAUGUCUGGCUGUUUGUUUGUGGUCUCUAUAUAAGGAAACGUACCUCUAUAUUUACUUAGCUCUUCUUCCUGCGUGAUUGUCCAUGUUGUUACAUUUAUGACAUAGCAAAUGCUCUGUAUGUUAUGUACCUCAAUAUUUAUUUACUCAUCUUCCUUUGUGAUCGUCUAUAUUGUUACAUUUAUGACAGAGCAAAUGCUCUGUAUGGAAAGAGCCUCUACUCUCUUUUUAACUGUGUUUGGACAAAAGCUUCAUGGCUUGCUGUUUAUGUAUGUGGUCUCCAUAUAAGAAAACCUACCUCCAUAUUUACUUAGCCCUUCUUCCUGCGUGAUCGUUUAUGUUGUUACAUUCAUGACAUAGCAAAUGCUCUGUAUGUUAAGACCUCUACUCUCUUUAACUGUGUUUUGACAAAAGAUUCAUGUCUUUCUAUUUAUGUAUGUGGUCUCCAUAUAAGGAAACGUACCUCUAUAUUUACUUAGCUCUUCUUGUGUGAUCCUCCAUGUUGUUACAUUCAUGACAUAGCAAAUGCUCUGUAUGUUAAGACCCUCUACUCUUUUUAACUGUGUUUUGACAAAAGAUCCAUGUCUUUCUGUUUAUGUACGUGGUCUUUAUAUAACAAAACGUACCUCCAUAUCUACUUAGCUCUUCUUCUUGUGUGAUCGUCCAUGUUAUUACAUUUAUGCUCUUUUUAACUAUGUUUUGACAAAAGCUUCAUGUCUUGCUAUUUAUGUAUGUGGUCUCCAUAUAAGAAAAUGUACCUUUACAUUUACUUAACUCUUCUUCCUGUGUGAUCGUCCAUAUUGUUACAUUUGUGACAUAGCAAAUUCUCUGUAUGUUAAUGACAAAAGCUUCAUGGCUUGCAUGUUAUCCUUCAUGACUGUAUGUGUUCUGCCGCCAGUGAUAUAGAUUAUGAACUGUAUUUUAUAGAACAUAUCUACAUGUUAACUAAUUAUUUGUUUCAGCAUUUAUGUUGUGACAGUUAUGACAUCGUAAAUUCUCUCUAUGUUAAGAAGCACACAUCAAUAUAUCAACUUAUUCUUUAACAGUCUUUCAGGCACCCUUCCAGAAUGUUUAACUCUAGUGUACUGUUGAACUUCGUAUUUUACAUAUGUUUAUUGCCAUGUUAUGUACAACUGCUAGAACUGCAGGACCUUUCCAUGCUUUUAAGUAUAUUUUAUGUUGUUUGUUGCUUAUUCAUAUUGUUACAUAUUUUUUGCAAUAUUUUCGAAGAAAUAUAUCUUUAGUUUAUUGUUAGUACUUUGGUUCUGACGACUAUCCUAUGGGUAUGAUUCUUAAUAAAAGCAUUUUGUCCAGUGAUUUUUUUUAACAUGAGAUGUGUAUUAUUCAGGCUUGGCAGCAGUGGAAAUAAACUAAUAAAAUUAUAGUAAAAAAUUA